AUGAACGUAGGCAAGAUAUUAUUUGAAAAUAAGGUGGAUGGAAUCCAGGAAAUUGAAAGUAAGGGUAGGAACAGAAUGGGGGUCUACUUUAACUUCCCAGAAAAUGCAAAUAAAUUCUUAGAAAUUGACAAUUUAAUACAAAAAAAUUGGAAUGUUCAAAUUCCAUUAAGAAUGACGACCUGUAGAGGCAUUGUUUGGAAUAUGGGGGAUGAAAUUGAGGAAGAAGAUAUCGUAAAUUAUGGAAUUGGAAUCAGGGGUAACCAACAACUAAGAGUUCUGAAUGCUAGGAGAAUUUACAAAAGAAUAUAUACUGGAGGAUAUGCUAGCAAAGUCAAAACCAAUGGUUUUGUUAUUACGUUUAAAGGUUUGGACAUCGUGACAAUCAGUGUAGGAGUAGCCCAAGAUGUCAAGCCUACGGAGAAACUCACAAUGAAGGGACUCAGUGUAACAAAGAGGGAGAAAUUCUUUGCAUCAAUUGCAAGGGAAAAUAUGCACCAACCAGUCCAUUGUGCGAAGAAUUUAGCAGACAGAAGAACAUCAACGAAGCAAUGGCAAAACAUAAUAUCUCAUUCUACGAAGCCAACAAGCUGUUCCCCCGACAACUUGGCAAAUCAAAUCUUAACAGUCAGCACUUCCCAGCACUGGAUACUUCUACCCCAAGACUUAACAAGAAUUAGUAGCAGUCCAAUUAUUAGAGUAAAUGAAGACGAGAACAGUUCCUCCGGGAUGGAAACAACAGAAUUAGAAAACAACUUCAAUUUUAGCCAAGAAAGCAACAUAUAUUAUGAAGAAGUCACUUAUGACAAUACUCAAAAUAAGGGACAAAAAAUAAUCAAAGACUGACUUAUGCGGAUGGUAAGGGUACUCAAAACUUAACAGAUGGUACUCCAAAGCAAAAGAAACCAAAAAU